AUGUUGCUCUCUGGUGUUUAUCCAACUACUGAACACUUCAACACUUAUCUUGAUGUCUUGGCCAAUACAAAUGACAACUUCUACCUCCACGAUACUUUCGAUGAUUUGAAGAGAAGAAACCCAUAUCAAAAGCCUGAUGCUGCUACCUUCAACACCAUGUUGGACAACUACAUUAGACAUCAAGAUGGUCAAAGAGCCCUCGUCCAAUUGGAAUACAUGAAAUCAAAGAAUAUUGCUGUUGAUGCUUCCUUGGAAGGUAAGCUUAAGGAACUCGUUGCUACCUAUGAUCACGAAAAGGGUGCCGCUUGGGCUUUGGACAGAGGUGCUGAUAAGCCAGAAUUCGAAGUUAAGAAGGAACAAGCUUUAGAAAAGAAUCAAAACAAGAUUUCUGAUAACUUGGAAAGAUACAUCCAACCAGACUUCUCCAAGUUGGUUGUCCAAGAGUAA